AACAGGUCAAGUUUUACUAAUAAGAAAGAAGAUGAGUGUCCUAUUGAUGAUCCUAUCAGUUGUACUAGUAGUAUCUACAUUGACUGGAUCUACUAACAAUUACUACAAUGAACCUACUGACAUUAAAGAUUGUGCUGUUACCAAGAAAUUUGCUGAAAUUACUAAUGCAUCAAUGACUCCAAUUCCACUGAAACAUGGGGAAAGAUUCCGUUGGCAAGCAGUACUAAAGAUCAAGGAAACCAUACAUUGGGGUAUAAUGCAUGUCACUCUGACUCAUAACUUCAAGGAUUAUACUAAUAUUACUUUCUUGGAUUCUAACUUCAAUUUAUGUGACUACUUUGAUGACCUAAUUAAGGAGCAAUGUCCACUAAAACCAGGAACAUAUCAAAUUUAUUCUGGUGCUGUAAUAUCAAGCCUCUUUUGGCCAGGUCAGUAUUAUGGUAAAGCAACUGCUUACAAUGAGAAAGGAGAGCAAAUACUAUGUCAAAAAAGAGAUUUUACCAUUGUUUAAACAAGGACAGUGAACACAUUAAUUAACGAUAAUCAUUAACAUGUAAACAUCACAAUAGAAAUUUUAAUAAUUGUCAAUAG